AUGGCUACAGACCAGAACUUCUCAGGGGGUCAGGAGAAACCCCAAGGCAGCCCGGAGACAGAGCUGCCACGGUCUGCUCUGUUGCAAGGAGCCCUCGACGGGACGCGAGACAGCGACUGUGAGACAUGGCACCUGAGCUUCAGGGCUUUCACUGGCUCGGAGACGUCAGACCCCCUUGAGGACCUGAGGAGCCUUGGUGAGCUCUGCUACCUGUGGCUGCGGCCAGACCUUCACACCAAGGAGCAGAUCCUGGACGCGCUGGUGCUGGAGCAGUUCCUGAUCUCCAUGCCCCCGGAGCUUCAGGUCCUAGUCAAGGAAAGUGGUGUGCGGAGCUGCGAGGACUUGAGGGACCUGCUGAGAAGCAACAAGACCCCCAAGACAUGGACCAUAGUCACCUUACAAGGACAGGAAUUUCUUGUACGAAGUUCAGAUGCUCAGAUGGCUGGAGCGGAGGUCAGUGACAUGGACCUCGUGGCGGACUUGUCCAAGAAGCCCCGAUCUUCUGUGAGAGAGAUACAUCCAGAGGACAGCGAGAAAGUCAGCAGAGAGCUGCAGAAUCUGCCAGGAGUCAACAAGCCGUCAGCUGGGCAGGCACAGAAUGUUCUCCUGCUGGAGACCAUUCCUAGAAAAGGUGUGCAGGAGAAUCUCAGACCCAAGGGGAACCUGAAGGAGAAUCUGAUGGAAGAUCCGGAAGAGAGGACAAUACUGAAGUUCCAAGAGCCUCAGCUUCUGGAAGGUUCUGAUUCCAUGAAGGCAAAGGGUGGAAAGAAUCUCCAAGAAGGAGCCCGUAUUACAGACGUGCAGGCCAACAGACCCUCCACCCACGUUUCAGAGAGACAAACUUCCCCUCAGAAUGAGAACAGAAGAGAUUCUCAGAAAAGCCCAAGAAAUCCCAAAAGAAGAAAACUGGACAACACCUCUAUUUCCGAAGAAGUACCUCAAGGAGGAACCCCGUAUUUGGACAAAGGAGAAGUCUCAGCUCAACCUGUGCCCAGCUCGGUCCAUCCUGUUGGGGGAAAAGCCACGGAACAGACACCAACGGGACAGACACCAACCGUGUGCAGCAUCUGUAAGAAAGGGUUUCGUUAUAAAUCUCAGUUUCGCAUUCACUGGAGGACACACACGGGAGAGAGGCCAUUCAGAUGCGAUUCCUGCGCGGGGACGUUCACGCAGCCUUCGGACCUCCGCGUGCACCGGCGAAUCCACACUGGGGAGAAGCCCUACUCCUGCGAGCUCUGCCACCGGACCUUCACCCACGACUCUACCCUUCGGAGCCACCGCCGGGUCCACACCAAGGAGAAGCCUUACGCAUGUGCGGACUGCGGGAAAGCUUUCAGCCACAAGGGGAACCUCAACGUCCACCUUCGCACCCACUCUGGGUUGAAACCCUACACGUGUCCCGAGUGCCACGGCGCCUUUCGUCAGCUGGGAACUUUCAAACGCCACCAAAAAACCCACGUGAAGUGA